AUGAUGCAGGCUCAUAACCGCUUCCUCCUGCUGGUGGUGGGGGGUGCGGCGGCGCUGGUCAUCCUCAGCCUCAGCGUCCAGUUCUUUAACCUGAUGCCCAGUGCUUCGGGGCUGGAGACGCACCAGCACCAGGCAGACGGAGCUGCUGCCAAUCAGGGGAAAAGCCGAAAGAGAGUGUUCCCAGCUCCUGCAUCCCAAACAGAGGAGCCAGGACCGCUGUCUGAGGCCUACGGCUACUGCAACACCCCCAACCGCACUGAGCAGGCCUGGGAAGGCCACAGUCCUGCAGACUACAGCCUGCUGUCUGUUCAGGUAAUGAUUCGUCACGGAGACCGUUACCUGCUUUACUCCAUCCCCAAAACCAGACGACCUGCCAUCGACUGCACUCUGUCUGCAAACAGACGGCCUUCCCACCCUCUGCUCUCCGGGUUCAUCACUCACAUGGGGAGAGGGGGCCGUGGACACUGGGACUCCCCCCUGAGCUCAGUGCCUCGUCUGCCCAACCACAGCUCCUGCGACAUCGGAGAACUCACACAGACUGGUGUGGUGCAGCAUCUCCGUAACGGCCAGCUCCUUCGUGACGCCUACAAACAUCACACCCUCCUCGCCGAGGACUGGUCUCCUCGCCAGGUGUGGCUGGAGACAACCGGGAAGAGCCGCACCCUGCAGAGCGGCCUGUCCCUGCUCUACGGCCUCCUCCCAGACUUUGACUGGACCAAACUCACUGUGCGUCACCAGUGGAGCACCUUAUUCUGUGGCGGCGCCUGCGACUGCCCGGCCAGAAACAAAUACUUGGACGAAGAGCAGAGAAGGCAGUACCGUCUCCGGGUCGCGAACACGGAACUGGAGAGGACUUACACAGAAAUGGCGCGGACUUUAGGGAUUCCCACGCGGCAAUUACGGGCGGCUAACCCCAUAGACUCGCUGCUGUGCCAUCUCUGCCACGGUAUCGCCUUCCCGUGCGUCCCGGCAACCGACUCAGGCAGCGGUGGGUGUCUGACCAUGUCUCAGUUCGCCGUGAUUCGUAAACAGCAGCUGGAAGACGAGGUGGAACGGCGGAAAGCGGGGCUGUACCGGAAGUACGCCAUCUUAGCCAUGUUCCCGUACUUGAAUCGCACGGCGGCGAAGAUGGAGAGGGUGGCGCGGGCGAACGAGCCGGGGAGGCAGACGCGACCCGGCGGCGAAGAGGUUUUCUCGCUGUCCUCGGCUCACGAUGUAACCAUGGCGCCACUGCUUAGCGCGCUGGGGUUGGAGCAGGCACGGUUUCCGAGAUUCGCAGCAAGGGUUGUGUUCGAGCUGUGGAAGAGUCCGGGAACGACGAGCAAGAAGAAAGGAGCAAAGGCGAAAGACGGGGAGGUUUUUGUGCGGGUUUUGUACAACGGGGUAGACGUGACCUUUCGCACGGCGUUCUGCAAGACGCACGUCCGUAAGGGCAACCAGCCGCUGUGCCCGCUCGCCACGUUCCUGUCGUUUGUGCGCAGAGACAUGUUCGCUUUGGUGAACGCCACGUCGUACCAGGAGGCGUGCUACAGACGCCCGGCGUGA